ACCCUAAUCGCCGCCUUCAUCAGUCCCUUCUAGGGUUAGGGUUAGGGUUUCAUUUGAGGGAGAGGAAAGCGAAAAAUGGUGGCUCUGAAGCUCCAGAAGCGGCUCGCCGCGAGCGUGCUCAAGUGCGGAAAGGGCAAGGUCUGGCUCGACCCCAACGAGGUCAAUGAGAUCUCAAUGGCCAACUCUCGCCAGAAUAUCAGGAAGCUGGUCAAGGAUGGGUUUGUCAUUAGGAAACCCCAGAAGAUUCACUCACGGUCUCGUGCAAGGCGAGCCAUGGAGGCAAAGAGGAAAGGGCGUCACUCUGGCUAUGGUAAGCGCAAGGGUACCAGGGAGGCUAGGCUUCCUACCAAGAUCCUCUGGAUGAGAAGAAUGCGUGUUCUGAGACGUUUGCUGAGGAAGUACCGAGAAGCGAAGAAAAUUGACAAGCACAUGUACCAUGACAUGUACAUGAAAGUGAAGGGUAAUGUCUUCAAGAACAAGAGGGUGCUGAUGGAGAGCAUUCAUAAAUCCAAAGCUGAGAAGGCGAGAGAGAAGACUUUGUCUGAUCAGUUUGAGGCCAAGCGUGCCAAGAGCAAGGCAAGCAGAGAGAGAAAGAUUGCCAGGAGAGAAGAGCGCUUGGCUCAAGGCCCUGGUUUGAGAAAACAACACCCACAAGCUUCCUGCUGAUCAACGCUGCAGACGUGAGAAUCUUUCCUAUUUGCAUGCCGGUCUUGCCAUCAUAAGAUUUCGAAUUGCUAAGCAAUGACCUUCUUCUUUUCUUUUCUUUUUUUUAUUGGAAUUUUUGCAGGGCACCAGGCAAAAAACCCAAGAAGUGAGCAAAAUAGAAGAAGCUGUUAACUACUACCAGUAGAGCUGUUGAGUGUCUUUUUUGAUGUCCGUGAAUUGUUUUUGUUAAAACUAUGUUAUUUCAGAAGCUUAAUUUUGUAGUUCGUUUCUAUGUUACGGUAUUUGCUACAUCUUAGUUUUCUGUAUGCCCAUUUAUUUCAUGUGAUGUGAUGGAAUUGUGUAGUGUUUCUUAAUA